UCAGUCUCGGCCGCCGCGGCGCCCUGGGGUGCGGGGUUCCGGCCGCCGCGGCGCCCUGGGGUGCGGGGUUCCGGCCGCCGCGGCGCCCUGGGGUGCGGGGUUCCGGGCGCCCUGGGGUGCGGGGAUCCGGCCGCCGCGGCGCCCUGGGGUGCGGGGAUCCGGCCGCCGCGGCGCCCUGGGGUGCGGGGAUCCGGCCGCCGCGGCGCCCUGAGGUGCAGAGUUCCAGCCACUGCCCUCGGGGCAGAAACUCCUCCUGUGGCUGAGAAACUAAACGCUGAAAGGCUCAUCGUUACCACGGCAGGCUGAUUCUAAUGCUGCUCUGUUGCGGAAGUGUGGUAGUUGGGCUUGAUCUUUCGCUUUCCUUAAGCUGAUUGCACAGAUUGGGCAUCAUGUCGGUGAGCCACUCCAUUAAAGAGCGAACAAUAGCAGAGAACAGCCUCAUCAUCCUUCUCCAGGGGAUGCAUGGCCAUGUUACUACAGUGGAGCUAAGAAACGAGAGCUCUGUCAGAGGACGAAUUAUUAACGUUGAUGCAUUUAUGAAUGUCCGUCUUUCCGAAGUGUUGUACACUGACAGGGGAGGUAGGACCUUGCAACUAGAUGACUUCUUCGUCACUGGCAGAAAUGUGCGUUACGUUCACAUUCCAGAUGAGAUCAACAUCACUGAGACCAUUAAUAGUCAACUGCAGAAGAUUCACCAAGUGCGGAAUUUUGGGGGGCAAGAUCGAGGAAGAAAAGAAUUUCCGUCAAGAAAAUAAUUGUGUGCUGAUGCCAGAGGAGCAGAGUUGGGUUUAGGUGGGUGGGGUGCGCUGGGGGAGGAGUGGAUUAGGACAGGUUUAUGCAUGGACAGUAUAAAAAGGGGGUCGUGGGUGUGAGGUCUAUCAGGGUGGAAAAGCAAGAUGUAUGGGAUUGAGCUGGGGUGGGAUCAGGACAGUUGGUAUGUAACGACAUUGAUGUAUGGGAUUGAGCUGGGGUGGGAUCAGGACGGUUGGUAUGUAGCGACAUUGAUGUAUGGGAUUGAGCUGGGGUGGGAUCAGGACGGUUGGUAUGUAGCGACAUUGAUGUAUGGGAUUGAGCUGGGGUGGGAUCAGGACGGUUGGUAUGUAGCGACAUUGAUGUAUGGGAUUGAGCUGGGGUGGGAUCAGGACGGUUGGUAUGUAGCGACAUUGAUGAGGGGCACAUACACUUCCAAAUUGGUUCAGUUGGAGGUAUCUUCAUCCAUGAAUUUGAAAACUGUUGAUUAAAAAUGCCAUCACACAAUCCGUGAGCGUGCGUUCCUGAGCAAUACUGCAAGUAUGCUGCAUUGUUGAAUCUGGCCUCUCUGAGUGACAUAUUAAACCACAGUACCAAUGUGGUUUAAUGGUUCAUGUGGACACUAUUGGAAGAACUAGAACUGGUGUUCUGAAUGACAAUCAUGGCCACCGGUACCAAAAACAUCAUUCACUAUAGAAUAUUGCAUUGUGGAGAGGUUCUGCUGCAUUUGGUGAUAUCACACCAACAUAUUUCAUUCUGCAUGAAGUAUUUUGGGGUAUCUCUGUGAGAUGUGCCUUGAUGAAAUAUAAAUCAAUAUCGUUUCUUUUAUAUUGACAGUGCAUUUCUGUAUUAAUUCCCAAUAAGUAUUUGAAAUGUGAGGAAAGAUGGUCAGUGCUGUCAUACAGGCAGUUUUUGUCUCUAUUGCAGUUGGUUGAGGGAGCAGGAUUCUUUGUGCAUGUGAAUCACAUCCAACAGUAGCAUGUGGCAAUGACAAACACAAGGAUCAGAUGCUUCCUCUGUUCUCUCCCAUGUGUUCAAUAGAACAAUGACAUUUACAGCCUGCACUUACCCCAGUGUCUUGCUAACCCUCCAUUAGAAUCACGUCAGUGCAGACGCAUUUUAAUAUAAUGAAGGAUACUUUCCCUAAUUCAUCAUUUCAAGUUGCUCCCACACAAGUGAUUUGACAAGUACCUGCCAGUACCUCCUCUACAAAAUAAAAUGCUCUGGCAAGAGCCCAUGUGUGGCAAGACAGCAUCUCGUGUUUGUUACCUGCAAGAAUUUCAUUCCUUUACCAUUAUGCUCUGCCAUCCCAGUGCCAAUGCUGAGCAGUCCUGUAUGCACUUGCAGCUGUACACUAAUACCCGUCAAUCAUUUUCUCUUCCUACUGAAUACAAUGAUCACACUGACUCCUGCAUUAAAGAACCAAGAACAGGACCUUUGGCCCACGAUGUCUGCACUGACCAUGAUGCCAAUCUAACUAACCCCAUCUGCCUACACGUGCUCUGUAUCCCGCAAUACCCUGCCUGUUCACGUGCCUGUCUAAAUGACUCAAACGUGGCUAUCGUAUCUGCUUCCACCACCUCCCCUGGCAGCACAUUCCAGGCACCCACCACUCUGUGUGGAAAAAAAACUGGCCUCACAAAAACAACUUUAAACUUUUCCUCUCCCACUUUAAAGGUAUGCCCUGUAGUAUUUGACAUUUCCACCCUGGGAAGAAGACUACCGCAAUGAAAUUUCAAAGUGAAGCAGGAAGUGGGGUAUUAUGUUGAAAUUCUCCCAUCCCCUUUAAAGCCAUUCAGAAGGUGUGAGUUUUUUAUUCUGCUUUAGUCGUUUACACCUAAUUAUCUCAUUUUCACCCGCUCGUCAUUUAAUCACUUCUGCUUUCUGCACUACCGUACAUCGUAGCCCACCACUCUGGCCAGAUCCUCUUCCCAGCCCUGUGCUUAAAAGCUAUUUUAUUCUCUAAGUUUCCAGUUCUGAUGAAAAGGUGAUUGACAUGAAUGAUCAAAACUGUUGUGUGUCAGAUGCUGCCACACCUUUCCAGUAUUUUCAUUUUUUGUUAUUUUUCUUGUUUGAUUGUGUAAUCUUCAUUGAACUUUUAGAGAGAAAAUUAAAGCAAAUGUUUGUACACAGUGUUAAUGUUGUAUGUUAAUUCAGCAACUAGUUGUAAAACAGUGUGAAGACAGUUGUGAAGUGCUCACUGAUGUAGCUGGAAUUUUAGAUGGGAAAUCAGCAAAUGAAGCCAGAUGUUUAACUGAU